CUUCGAACUCCACAUGGUACAUUCCAAUCAAUGAAGUGUGUUUAUGAUUUGUGUUGAUCAGAUUUGCAUGACAUUCACGAUCUCUGCAAGUCGGAUUUCUGCACCGACAAGCUGGAUUUUGAAGUCCAGAUCUUCUUGCAACACCGAGGUUGUCAAACAAUCGGUAAAAGGGGCAAAAUAUUGGGACGGCGGCUAUAGAGCGGUUUAUAGUGCUAAGCAGGUCUGACGGUCAAGAUCCUUCUCAGCGGCUUCGAGCGAUCAAGUGCAAAAACGCCUUUUUGCGAUCAACACAAUGGAGCUGCAAGCGUUCUCCAUCCUGCAGCAUGUGAAGAAAGAGUACCGCUGCGGAGACUGUAGCUUCUGUAUUGACUAUGACCUGAUGGUGCAGGUCCUACGCCACCACUUCAACUGUACAUCCGCCAAAUAUGUCAACAUCCUCAGUCAAGGUAUCACACAGCAUCACGGACACAGCUAUGGAGAUGCCGUGCCAAACCAGCCAGCUACAGCCGUGAGCGAAGCGAAAAUUCCCGACGCACACGAGAGAGAACAGACCAUCACCAUCCACCACCACCCUGCAGCUGCCACACAGAAGAGCCCCUCCAGGCCCUCUUCUCUAAACACUGCCAACAGCCUGGCUGGCGGUGACACGAGUUUCCCCCAACCGGUCAUGUUGUCAGCUGAAGAUCAUGUCGCAAGUCAAGUGCAGCAAGCUUCAAGUGUGGGCAGCAGGCAGACAAUGAUACAGGAGAGUCAUGGCGAGAGACAAGAGCCUGCAGUACAAACCCAUAGAGCAGUCAUUCCACAUCACACGCAGUCCCCCCCAUCUCCCAGCCCCGUACAGAGAAGGCUGUCGGUCAGUACCAGUGCGCUCCAGUGGAAAGCCGUGUCCUCGCCUGACCCCCUGAAGUGGGGAGGGGGGCUGUACGUGAAGCAGGAGCAGUCCUCGGAGCUGAGCGGAGUGAUGACUUCAGACCACCACAUGCACAAUCCACACUCACAGCAAAGGUCGUACCGGGUGAUGUCGCAGGAGUCAGUGAGUAGCCAGUCAUCUCAGUCUUCUGUCCAGCCCCGGCUGAGUGUGAACAGCGGAGGGGUGGGGCCACACACGGUACACCCUGCCGAGGAGGAGGGGACCUCAGACAGUCUGGAGGAAGAUACCCAACAAACGAUGAACUCACCCGCAUAUAUCGAAGAUGACGAGGAUGACGAUGUGGUGGACGUGCCAGAGGUCGGCUCUCCCGCCAUCCUCCAGCAUCCGCUGUACCCGCAGCUGGUACGCCACCAGCCCAUGGUCAUCACCACGGACGUCUCCGCAGGAAGCUAUCACCACAUUCCCAACCAGAGAUUGUCCAAUCCCUACCCUGCCAAGAAAACCAUCCAGAUGAACCACUGGGCCAUGAGAACACUGUGCUCCUGGGCAACGGAGAAGGCCAAACAACUUCAGGAACAAGGAGCACAUGGGAGUUUCCAGGCCCUGCCGAAGGAGUGGAGCUCGGCCAGUCCGGAGGAGCUGAACUACUGGCUCUGUCAAUUUGUCGUGGAAACCAGACGCAAGGACGGACAGCAUUUCCCGCCAAAAACAAUCUACCACAUCAUGCAGAGCAUCAGUCGCUACCUGACGGAAGAAUGCGGGCGAACCGACACCCACCUUCUGGCCAGGCACAAUGCCACGUACCGUCAGUUACAGGACACUCUGUACGCAGAAAUGAAGAGGCUGGAAGACUUGGGCUUAGGGAGUGUUAACUCUGGCAAGCACAUGAAGGAGGGGGCCAACCUUACAUUCUCUGACGAAGAAGAAGCGUACUUCUGGAACUCGAAAGUCUUCGAUCUCGAGUGCGACAAAGGAUUGAUCACGUCCGUGUUCUAUUACAACUGCAAACUGCUCGGUCUCCGCAGUAUACAAGACCAUCGAAGUCUGCACUUGAAACAGUUUGUUUUCGGUUUAAACGCAGACGGCACAUGUCAGUACAUGGACAUCGUGCACCCCACGGGGAGACAGCGGUUGAUAGCGGAUCCGACCAACUCGCGAUGUCUGGUUAAACUAUACCACAGCUACGUCGGGCAUCUUCCCGUCUCGUCCGGGCCGUUUUACCGGCGCCCGCUGAAAGACGUGAAGAACAUUUCCUUCAGUAUCCAGCCGGUUGGCGUGAACCAACUGUCGAACUACAUGUGCCGGUUGAGGCAGCUUGCAGCGAAGCUUCAGGCACAGAAACACAACAUGCAAGCGGCAGGGAGCGCUGCAAUCGUUUCACAAUAGAUAAACCCACUUUCAUUCCAUUCCAGAUAUUAUUAGUGUACAACAAGUCAUGAACAAUGGUAUUUGUCUAUGUACAAGCAUAUCUGCCACCCUGGAAAAUGUUUCUAAAGAGAUCUCCCAUGCAACAUCCACCAAAAUGCACUCAUAUGUAUCUAUACUGUGCAUACCUUGGGAUGCUGCACUGGAGAACUCUCAAUCACACUGUUUUUCAAAGUAGCGGAUAUAGAAAAUGUACGUAACUCAGCCGAUAAAUGAUAAUUGAGUAAACAUUAACACAGUAUUAUUACAUGUAAUAUAUGAAAGCUGGGAUAAUACAUGAUUGUAUGUAUAUAUUAUGCGAUACAACUUUGUACAUUGUAUUCAGGUGUAGGCUAAGUACAUGACAAGUAAGUUUAAUAACGAAAAAAUUAUGCCUACAAGUAGGCAUUACUUCCCCAAGUACUGAUUUAUUAUUACAUGUAAACAUUGUGGAAAUUUAAGAUUCGUCAACAAGAUUUUGCUAGAUAUUAAAUCCCAAAAAUGUUGAUAGUAUUACCUAAUCUAAUGUAAGCCAAAUCUUCUGAUGUUAGAUAAAGAAAAAAACGUUUAGAAUGGAUGACAAGUUUCCGAAAAAAAUAAUCAGGGUUUUAUACAUGUCCUUGACGUAGCAAAACUUGUACAUACUUAACGAUUUCACCUUCACAUUAACAAUGAUUGAAAACUCGAAAUAUUGUAACAUAAUAAGCAGGUAAAAUGUGACUAGACAUUGUUUUUGUCGAAGCAACUUAUCUGAAAUUGACAUGAAAAUGUCUAGUUUGUUAACUUGUAAAACAGUAGAUAGACGUUGGUGUAUUGUUACAAAUACUUCUUGUACUUGACCGCAAAGGGAAAAUUCAAACAAUACUCAAAAGUAGAAACAUCAGGAAGUGGUUCGCAUAGAGUGACCUCAAUUUUAUCUAACUCAGUAAUUGUUUGAUCUGUGAGUCUCUGUUCUUUACUCGUACAGCAACUGGGUACAACUGAGUACCUUUACAAAUUCAGGGCUUUGUAACAGUGCAAAAAAGACCGAAAGACACACUGUCAGAAUCUUUGCCCAGAACCUAAAAGAUUUUAUUCUUUAAGGGUUUUCUAUGAACAGUACACAAGUAUUACCUCAAAAAUGUAAGUCUUUGUCAUGCAGUGACUGUCCUUGUGAUAGUUUUGAACCCUUUGUGACCAAACUUGUCAGGAACUGUAUCAAACUUCACUCUUGAAUGGAAACUUUAACUCAUUUAUUUUUAUGGGGACUUUUUCGAUGCUAAAGGACAAAGGUUUUU